AUGUUCGGGAAACCGCGGGCGGGCGGCGAGCGGGGGCCGCCCGGAGCCCCCCCCGAGUGCAACGUGGCCAUCGUGGGAUGCCGCGGAGCCGGCAAGUCGGCGCUAACCGUGAAGUUUCUCACCAAGAGGUUCAUAAGUGAAUAUGACCCGGACUUGGAGGACACGUACACAUCGGAGGAGCUGGUGGACCAGCAGCCGGUGCUGCUGAAGGUCAUGGACACGGCCGACCAGGACGGCCCCGUGAACUGCGAGCGCUACCUGCGCUGGGCCAGCGCCUUCCUCGUGGUCUACAGCAUCGAGGACAAGCGGAGCUUCGCCGGCUGCCGCCGCUACCUGGACGUGCUGGCCGCGCACGGCGGGGGCCGCGCGCGCGCCCGCCCCGUGCUCCUGCUGGGCAACAAGCUGGACAUGGAGCCCUACAGGCAGGUGACCAAGGCGGAGGGGCUGUCGCUGGCGGCCGCCUUCGGCUGCGCCUUCUUCGAGGUGUCGGCGUGCCUGGGCUUCGAGGCGCAUUUCCACGAGACCUGUGCAGGGUGCAAAGGGAAACCGAAUGCGGAGCACCGGGUCUGA